AUGGCUGAGCCUUCCCAAGAUGUUAAAACAAAAAAGGGUGGUUGUCAAUGUCUUACAAAAAUCAGCAAUUUUAUUACUGGAUCCAUGGAAAAAGGAUUUUACCGGUAGGUAUAGCAUCGACUGUUUUUCUCCUUAAGCUUAAGCUUAUCUGUCAAAUAAUGAAGAGUCUCAGAAUUUAUCUUUUAUAGUCAUUAUAUACUUUAAAACAUAAGAAAGAACAACUACAACUCUUGACACACUAAUGACCGGUUGAUACUUUCAAGGAAAGUUCAUAUCGUUAUUUUUUAUUCCCUUACUGAAAGUUUGCUCGAGUUGAGUGUUAUUUGUACAUUACGUAAUCUUUUUCGGUAAUAAAAUUUACAUUCUGUAGACUUUAACCUUUUUAAAAAUGGAAGAAAAUGUGAAGUGUUAACACUGACUUAUUCAUUCUUUUCAGUGGAACAACUUGGCUGUCAGCUUCUUAAAAAUCCGGAAAAUAAUUAAGCUCAAAAAAUAAUUGUUAUUUUGUGGUGGUUGUCCUUCAAGUUAAAACACCUGCGCGUACGUCAAUAUAGACGUUAUAACGGCUAUCGUAUCCCAACAUCUUGACGAUGGCCAAAGCGUCAAACAGACCACUUGCACUUUUUGCGUAAUAUCAAAUAUCAGCUUACCGCAGGUAAAUAUUAACCCGCUUAACGCAUGUAUCAAAACUUUCAACAUGGCGGAUUAGCGGAACGAAAGUAAUCAAUCCCAUCACCUGACAAUUCUCCAAGUCAAUUUCCGAACUUAAAAUGAGUUUCAGUCUCUUCGAUGUUCUCCACUGGAUUUGAAAACAGCAUUAUCCCUGGUGUUACAAUUUCGUGUCCUAAGCUGACAAAAUUUCAAUAUGGCGGAUCUACAAAUUCCCUGUUGUUUCUCGGUCGACUUCUCGUCUUUCGUGAGCCUGAAAGAGGUAAUUUUGAAAGUACAGCUGGUUGAAAUAAUCAUGUCAGAUAUUCAAUUUACAAGAGAAUAGAAAUAUAGGCUGUUCGCAUCUCUAUUUAUUGAUGUUGAAGAUAAUGUCAUCGCUAUUAUUUAAAAUUAAUUUAUGUUAAUUCAGUGACAUGAGAAACAUCGUUCAUGAGCGCUGAACUAUUGCAUGCUGAGUAACUUUUUUGAAAGGAGAAUAAUUCAGUUUGAAAGUGUUGGUGUGUUUGAAAUGAUGCGUUUAUUUAUUUGACUGACAGAGCUUUUGCAUUAUUUGAAUGUAUAUUUUUUGCAAAAUAUCCAAAUGUUCUGUACAUAACUGUUUCCUUCACUUAUAAUCCCAAGAUGAUGAUGUAAUCGAUGGAAAGUUCGUAUUCGAAACCAGUUGAACUUCAAAUGUUAGUUGAUUUUCAUUACAGGGUUCACACAUUAUAAAAGCACACCCAAACACACCAUAGCAUUUUGCCAAUGGAACAUUUGAAUUUUUAAAGUUGGUUUUGUUGAUUGUCCAACUGGGCGCUAUAAGCUACAACAUAUUGGUUUCAAAUGCAAAAGACAAGAACCCUGGUGAGAAAGGAAAACAGAGAUUGGUACAAAUCUAGAUGAAGUCAGCUUGGAGAUAAAUUUGUGAUUGGUGCUUAAAUAAUGAGUAUUGUUGCAACAUGUUUCAAGUGACACUCUCACAUGCCUGUUAACAGCAGUGCGGUGCACUUUUGGGUGUUUCAGAAAGCUUUUGUUAUAUUGGGCCUUUUGCAACAAGACAAAUUAUUAUCCUUUAAGUAGAAAUUUCUGUUUUAAGAAUGGCAUUAUGCAAAAAUUCUGUGCUUAGAGUAUAUCAAAAAUGAAAUCCCUUUUCUCUAGAGCUCAAUUGAACAGAUCAAACUGAAUCAAAGCAAUAAUAAAGUUAUGUCGUGUUUGGGUGUCAAACUUGCCAAAAAGUUCACUUCUGGUGUUUGAUGGUCAAACCCACUUCAUAAUCAAUCAAGACUGCGAUCUUUUAAUGGGUGUGCUGGAUUUUUUGUUUGGUUUUUGUUUGAUAGAUUUUGAGAGAACUACUUCAUAUACGAUAGUAAUUUGCAUUGGUUCUAAAUACUUGUUUUGCCAUAUCGGGCUCAAAUAUUUUUAUUGACCCUUUAUUUCUUAGACUGGGAAAAGCUGUCGGUGGAAGCCCAUGGAUCACGAUCCUAAUUUCACUUCUUGUUGUUGGAGUAUGUUUGGUUGGCUUGGUCAGAUUUACUCAAGAAAGUCGUGGGGAAAAGUUAUGGACACCUGGAGAUUCUCAAGCACAAAAACACAAGGAUUGGGUUGAUGAAAAUUUUCCAACAGAUAGACGUGUGACCAGAUUUUUACUUGUUGCUGGGGAUGUGUUGACUCCUGCUAUUUUAAAAGAGGUAAGUGAAAAGCUAAGAGAUGGAUAAAUACAUCAGGCCGUGGUUGAUCAAAAGUUGGAUAGAGCUAGCCACUAGGUCCCAGUUUUUAAAAAGGUGGAUAGCGCUAUAUCCACUGGAUAGGGCAAUUGGUGUCCUUAAUACUUAUCUGCUGGAUAGUGAUUUAGCCGGUGGAUAGCUCUAGGUCCAACUGAGCUAAUCCUGCUGUGGAUAGUUCUGAUAGCUACAAGGAGAGUGUUCCCAUAGGGGGUACUGCCUUUAUAUGGCCUAAAUGGGGAUGUACCGCUGGACAGGGUAUGGUUUUCAUCCUCUCUCUCCUAAACAUGGUAUGUAAUAUUGCGUGAGUUUGUCAGGGCUAUCAUUAAGUUUUUAAUGUCUGCAACUCAGCGACAGAAAUUCCAUACUGAUUAUGUAAAAUUUGUCUGGAAUCUGGUCAGGAGCUCUGAUUGGUCGAUAUAGUAGUUAUAUUGUUUUCCCUAUUAUUUACAAAUGACAGACAAAAGACAAAAGGCCACAAAUGUCAAAUGUAAAUGUAAUGAAUCUAUUACAAAACAGUCAAUAUUCCUAGAACAUAUUCUCCUGUAGAAAAAGCAUCUGAGUUUUGCCAGAGCUCAUAUGCAAGAGAUCACAAAACUUUACCAUAAUCAACCAGGAGAAACAUAAAAUCAAACAAAUUUACAUUUGGAACCCCAUAUCUACCAGAUUUAUUAUGUAAAUAUUGAUUUACGUCAUCAGUAUGGAAUUUCUGUCGCUGAGUCGCAGACAUUCCUCCUGGCGAAACGUUCCUGUUGGCAAGGAGCUAGGAGAAAUGGCUGUAUCUGCAGGCUACGGCUCACCUUACGACCCAUAGAUACCAAAAUAAUGUUUGAGUCAAACCCUCAGCGGCUCACCUAUACCAAAAUAUUGAUCGAGUAGUCUCCCCCGCCCCCACCCCCUUUCCCCUCUAGGACGGUGUUUGAUCCCUUUUUUUUAUCAAUAGGCAAUGAUGAUUCACAAAAAGGUCCUGAAGAUCGGCAAUGGGACAGAAUUAGCUUGGGAGAAAAUAUGUUUUAGGUAAGUGUUCUGCAGNAUAUUGAUUUACGUCAUCAGUAUGGAAUUUCUGUCGCUGAGUCGCAGACAUUCCUCCUGGCGAAACGUUCCUGUUGGCAAGGAGCUAGGAGAAAUGGCUGUAUCUGCAGGCUACGGCUCACCUUACGACCCAUAGAUACCAAAAUAAUGUUUGAGUCAAACCCUCAGCGGCUCACCUAUACCAAAAUAUUGAUCGAGUAGUCCCCCCCGCCCCCACCCCCUUUCCCCUCUAGGACGGUGUUUGAUCCCUUUUUUUUAUCAAUAGGCAAUGAUGAUUCACAAAAAGGUCCUGAAGAUCGGCAAUGGGACAGAAUUAGCUUGGGAGAAAAUAUGUUUUAGGUAAGUGUUCUGCAGACUUUAUUUCCAGGACUGCCUGCUGAUUGAGAGGGAUUGUCAAAACGGCAUCAAAUGUUAUUUAAAGAUAAGUUCCAUGGAUAACCUGGUGCCUGUCAAAUGUUUAUUAAAUUGUUCUAGGUUUUAGCUCAAAACAUUUUAGGAACCAAAACUGCCAAUUUUUCAUGCCAAUUUUAUCCUCGGUUUACAUGUACCUUGCUGACUUACCUUUCAAAUUCAUGCCUAGCGAGCCACUAACAAGCUACUUCUGUAAGACCUUACAUUAUAAAUGGCUCCCUGUUUUCUUCAGUUGCUCCAAUGAUAUUCUCCUCUCCUGCCAAGAUUCUUCACUCCCUAUUAAAUUAAUAAAUUAGUCCCUCAGUUUCAACUGGAUUGUAGCAAGUGUAGUAAUAUUUAAUUGUUCAUCAAUGUGAAUUAUGCAUAAUAGUGUAUUGAUUUCAAUUUUCUUAAAUUCUUUGAUUUAGGCUGGGUCCUACUUGCAUGAUUAAUGGUUUGUUGGAGCUUUGGUCUUUUAACGAGACUGUGAUAAAUCAGCUUAGCAAAGAUGAUAUUUUGAGAAAGAUUAAUCAACAGGAAAUCAUAAGGUAAAAAUAUUAUACUGUACUGUUGCAAUAGACCCACCUUCCACCUUAAUUUGAUGUUGCAAGUUUUGAUGAUAGGAUCAUUUGGUAAAAUCUGUCAACACCACUGAAAAAAGUACCCAAACAUUAGGAAACUUGCCAAGUUUGAAAGUAAUACAUCUUUAGUGAGCGAAGGUGGUUCGUUUGGUGGGGGGGCAAGUUAGUCCCCUUACUAUGUACAAACUUCAGUACAAUUUUGUAACUUUGCCAGGCUAUAUCUUUGUUCGUAUCAACAAGUCUAUCUUAUAUAAAACCUGGCAAUUUUGCUAUUUUUUAGGCUCUUUUGAGCGGUGUCGAUGGUUUUUUACUAAGCGGUCUUUGUCAAAAGUUGAAAAAACUGUGGAAGGGACUACAGUCAAAUCCCUUUAUAGCGGACACCGUGGUGGACCUUGAUCAUGAGUUACUGCCCUCAUUAGCGAGAGUCCGUAACAGUGGGAGUUUACCGUAAAAUUCCGAAAAUAAGCCCUUCUAUGUAUAAGCCCCUCCAAAUAUAAGCCCCCCAAACCGGUAACGUAAAAAACUCUCUGUUAAAUCACCCCUCCAAAUAUAAGCCCCCAGAGCUUGUAACUGGAAAAUUGCCCUCAAAUACAAAGUAAAACAAAGCAAAAACGGUAAAUUUACUUCCAACUAUAAGGCUAGCCCAAUCGAUUUUGAGACGCAAAUUUCCAUCUGUAGAUAAGCAGCUCUGAAUAUAACCCCUCCAAAUAUAAGCCCCUCCAAAAAUAAGCCCCUCAAAAAGGGUCUUUGAAAAAUAUAAGCCCCGGGGCUUAUUUUCGGAAUUUUAUGGUAUUUUACUCAAACAUCUAUAAUAAUAUUUAUUUUUGCCUGGGAUUUAGCUGCUGUCCGUAUUAUCUGGGUGUCUGUUAUAGCGGGCUGUGUACAAGGCAAGAGUUGACGGUAUUCAGCUCAGCAUACCCUUUUUGCCUUAAAUUUAAAAGUACAAUGAUAUUGACCAGAUGAUCACAAUGGCAAAAUCGGUUACAUGACUGUACAUUGAAUAUGUGGCCAGAGUGUCAAAGUCCUGUGGAGGGUCACAUUUUUUGACAAUAAGCAAAGAAACCUUAAGUCAAAUCUCAUUUUCGUAGUCUUUCUUGUCCUCGAAUCUACAGGUCCCUCAGUGUUUAUUAAAUGCAGACUUUGUAGGUUUUCUUAAAUUCAAGGUUAAUUAAGUUAANCAAGGCAAGAGUUGACGGUAUUCAGCUCAGCAUACCCUUUUUGCCUUAAAUUUAAAAGUACAAUGAUAUUGACCAGAUGAUCACAAUGGCAAAAUCGGUUACAUGACUGUACAUUGAAUAUGUGGUCAGAGUGUCAAAGUCCUGUGGAGGGUCACAUUUUUUGACAAUAAGCAAAGAAACCUUAAGUCAAAUCUCAUUUUCGUAGUCUUUCUUGUCCUCGAAUCUACAGGUCCCUCAGUGUUUAUUAAAUGCAGACUUUGUAGGUUUUCUUAAAUUCAAGGUUAAUUAAGUUAAUAAUUUUUUUUUAAUUUUAGCCCUGUCACCAACAAGAAGUUUGUGCUUUCCCAGUACAUUGGCGGGAUUGAACGUAAUGGAACAAAACACAUUGUGAAAGCUGAAGCAUCAAUAACAGCUUAUGGAAUUAAAUACAAUCCUGUAUUGAACACAGCUGAGGGACGUUUGGUAAGCAUAUAUUCCCACUCUUUUCUAAAUAUCAACACACAAACUCUCUAGACUGAUCUCCAUACAUUUUCUUAAAAGUUAGUUGCGAGAAUUUGUUAAAAGAUUUAAGUAUUUUCCCUUAGUGAUCAUUUUAUUAAUUCUCUUAACUUUUUCUAUAGAUAAUGUAUUUGUAUAGUUAGGAGAAAAUUGAUAUUGGUCACUAUUGGGGCUUAAAUAACAUUUUGUAAAAUAACUAAGAUAGUACAACUGCUUUGAUUGGCCAAGAGUCAUGUUUGCAUGCUCAAGAGUAUGUAAACAUGGUUGUGAUAUUAAGGUGUUUUGCUCUUCACGCGCUAAUCAUGCAAUGAUGAAUUUGAAAAAGUUUUUGAGUGAAAACUUGACAAGUUUACUUUAUUUUACCCAUUCCCUUGUUGGCUGAAACUUGGAAAAUCUUUACAACCAUGCUGUCUCAAUUGUCGUUUCACUUAAGGCUGACAUAUUAAGCAAAAAAUCCGUAUUUUGGAAAGCAUGAAGUCAGUUAAAUUUCAGUCUAGAUGACCUUUAAAUUUUGCCUCAUCAUAUUUAAUGGUACAAUGGGUAUGGUUAUGAACUGUUGGUUUGGGUAUUGCUGAGGUUACACACGUAUAGAUUCUGUUGAUUUACCUCAGUGGGUUCAAUGACAGUUGGUAGAGGUCUGAAGCUAUUUAUUCCUCACAAUUACCAAUACUUUUAAUAGGAGGAUAAAAUGACUGAAGAUUGGGAAACUGCAUUCAAUGACCUGUUGUCUAGCAUUGAUCUUUCUCCAGUGGAGCUGUUGUAUUACAGUCAACUCCAGUAAGUACAGCAACUUUUCCCUCUUUUUGUAAAAUUAAAGGGGCUGUGUUAUGGCAGUCCAGUUCAUUUUGUUUAAUUUUGCCAGUUACUUGCCCUCAAUCUCUAUGGAAGUUAAAGUAAGCAAAGAAAUUACUUGUAAAUGACACAAGCAGAGAAUCGAGACAAACAAUUAUGUCUCCUGAGCAUUACUUUUCAAGUUGAAAACAGCAGAGAUCAGCUUUGAAAAACUGUUAGGCUGAACAGUUUUCAAAAACCCUAAUUUCAAUCCGUUUCAAUCUUCUUCAGUUUUGCCCAUCCGUGGCAUCUGUUGUAUCUGUGGUGUUAUUUGAACCUUCCUUUAACGUUUUAAGCGCUUAUUUUUAUGUUUCUCUUAAUUUAACCGGCAUUUUGUAAUUACCUACUUUGGCUGAAUUUCGUGACACAGCUCCUUUAAUACUGUAAAAUUCCGAAAAUAAGCCCCUCCAUGUAUAGGCCCCUCCAAAUAUAAGCCCCCCAAACCGGUAACGCAAAGACCCCUAUGUUAAAUCACCCCUCCAAAUAUAAUCCCCUCGGGGGCUUGUACUUGGAACAUUGCCCCCCAAAACAAAGUAAAACAAAGCAAAAAUGGUAAAUUUUCCUCCAACUAUAAGGCUAGCCCAAUCGAUUUGGAAAUGCAAAUUUCCCUCUGUAGAUAAGCCCCUGCAAAAAUAAGCCCCUCGAAAAGGGUCUUUGAAUUUUCGGAAUUUUACAGUAUUUCCGAGUGUCAUAGUGUCAGAGUAUUUGUUGCCUCUUGUCCAGGGCGUGAGAGAACCACUCAGUUCAGUUAAGUUGUUCCUUCCACAAUAAUUUUUCUCUCUCAUUCCAUUCUUCUACAAUGUUCAUGUAUCUCCCUGCUCUAUGACUCUAUUUGUAAAUGACUAAGUUUAUCUUUGUAGAUUCAGCCCACUGUACAUUUCAUCUCUGAGACCUUAAUUGUCUUGACUAUCGUGCAUAAAAUUAAUAAUAAUGGUUUCUAGAGUGUGUUUACUAUCAUGUAAACCAGUCAAAGCACCUGACCAGAUUGUGGACAGAUUUUAUAUGGUGCAUAAUUAUCGGUAUGGAAUUUCGGGGGGCCAAAAUGAAGUUGAUAUCUCUUUGUGAAAUGUCCCAGUGAUAGAGGGUGAUGAGAGGUGAUAGAGUGUAUUUGCUGGAUUUUUUUAAUAUGUAAAAGCUAUAAAGCUUGUAUAUAUCUUAGGUGCCAAUAUCAAGCAGUACUAAACAGUCCGAAUAAAUUAAGUCCCAUAUAUGUGAUACAGUUAUUUUUUGAAAUUGUCUAAAUAAACAGAUUUCAAACGGAUUCAGGGGAGAGCAUACAGGGCGAUGUUCAACUCCUGUCCAUUGGGUACAUGCUUAUUAUUGCUUAUGUGGCUAUCAUGCUUGGAAAAUUCACACGCCUAAACGUUAAGGUAGGAUGUGGAAAGCCUUUAAAUGUUGUUACUAUCAUCGUGCAUGAGAAUUCAUAAUACCAUCCAACCUCCAUGUGUGACUCCCUCCCAUAAGCAACCACCUUAUACCAAAACACCAAUGUUUUCCCUUCGAAGCGUUACAGUUGAAACCUCUUGUAAACGAUCACCUGCUGUAAGCAACCAUGGCCAAAUUUACUGUUAACUUACUUUUUUUAAUUCUCCAUUGUUUUUAACCUACUGUACUAUGCUACUUAGAAUAUAAGAAGACGUUUUAGCCACAAUGUGGAACUACACUUAUUACAACGCAAAAAUUGCAUGUUAUAAAUCAUCUUCCAUAAAGAAGAUAAUUAAUUAUCUUCCGUAAAGAGGAUGCGUUGGGAUCUCUUCUUGAAAAAGACUUUUUAGUCAACAAUGUAUUUAUGUAGAUUUUAAGUACAUGUACAUUUAACUGAAAUAGAUUUUUAAUUUCUCAAUAGGCAUGGCUGGGAUUGCUGGGAGUCGUGUGCAUUGGUUUGGCAAUUGGGGUGUCAUUUGGGCUUUCCAGUGGAUUUGGUGCUUUUUAUGGCCCUGUUCAUUCAACUUUACCUUUCCUUCUACUUGGUAAAAUCCAACUCACCAUCUUCUCUGUUCUUCUAUCUCGAUUUCACCGAUUGAAACCUACAUCAGCGCGUCAGCGAACACACAAGCUCAAAUUCGUUGAUUGGGAGGCACAUGAAAAAAAGGAUGAAUUAGGUUUCUUGGAAACUGCCCACCUACCCCUCCCCUGAGCCAUCAUUUUUUGCACUAAGGGAGAAGUAAGUGUUAAUGUUAGCUUAGGGAAGAGGUAGGUGGGCAGUUUCCCGGAAACCUAAAUUGAUCCGAAAAAAAAGUGGGUCGAUAAAUCAACCCUUACGGACAAUUUUUCAGUCGUCAAAAAAUGCAGAAAUAAAUUCCAGAUGUGUACGAGAUGCUAUGUACAAGAACUCAGACCAUCACUGAACAUGCAAUCGGACUUAAGUUAUGCUAAGCUUUCCUAUUAAGACAUCUACAGUAGAUAAUAAUGAGGCCUGCACGAAUGCAGUCUAAUUGGUUCAAACUUCAAUUCUUUUAUCACCUUUGAAACUUUACGUUCUUAAGUUUAAAUUGACUCUAAUCCAGAUAAUCAAUCUAACCUCGGAAAGUAACAUUUGCUAAGCAGCACCAAUGUCUUUUUUCUGGGGCGCCCAACAGGCUCAACAAAUCACUGGAAAUUCAUUUUGAAUUUCCCUUCAACCUGGGAUCAAUCUGGUAAAAGUUUUACAAGUGUAAUUUACAAGAGUACUUAGCUAUUGCUUUAGGGUCCGAAAACAAUAGCUAUACUUGUAAAUUACACUUGAAGAGUUUUAUUAAAUCGACCCCUGAUUGGCUAAUCAAAGGGGCAUUUUUAACAGGCCAGUCAUGGCUCUUGGUCAAAUAUUGAUACACAAGUGGGAGCCCAGGAAAUGGAUUUUAGCACUGUUGCACAGAUAGGCUUAAUCGGAAGUUAAGUUCUGUCUAUGGCACAGGCUAAGAAGUGAGAAACUCGAAAAUGAAAGAAGAAAAAUAACUGAAAUAUGUCUCUUUGCAGGUAUCGGAGUUGAUGACAUGUUUGUUAUUGUGCAAGCGUGGAAUAACUUACCUCCAGAUUUCGUCAAAAACCGUGGAGUCCCUGAGGCCAUUGGCGUAGCAUUACAACAUGCUGUAAGUUCAAUUCCUGGUCGAUUUUCCAACAAAUAUAUUUUAGCUUGCUUUGGAACAUACACCGCCUUAUCUUUUACUUCUGACAGUGUCAACACAGCCUUAGCCGUAAUCAGAGUGAUGGAUAUCCUUUAACAAGUACAUAAAAUUGGUUUUGUGUUCCGCAUAAAACAAAAAAGAUAUUAUUUUUAUUAGUGUACGAACCCCUGGAAAACCCCUCCAUGGGUGGACAGGGGGAGAAUAGAAACUUGUGAGGAGCUAGCGUGAUGAAAUGUGAUGAUAAAAUAUAUUGGUUUGUAUAAAAUUUGCCAUGAUUUUCUGUCCUGCAGGGAGUUUCUAUCACGAUAACAUCUUUGACUGAUUUCUUGGCUUUCAUGAUUGGAGCAAGCACUGUGAGUUUUACUAAAUAAACUUGUUCAUGUACGUUAUAAGGUUAGGGUUUUGAAAAGGUGUAUGAAAUAAAUCUUUAUGGUUUUAAUGAGGGCAAAAGUUGGUUUCACAUAUGUGAAACCAACUUUUGCCCACAUAACCUUAUCUUUUUUUGUACUAAGCAGACUUUUUAACGAGAAAGCAUAGUUUAGUUUCUUAACUGCAACUGAAACAAGUUCGUCCUUCAAAAAUCUCCCGAUCAUAAGUCAUAGUCUCGGAUUAAACUCACCGUUAAAGAAUUGUUCUUGAAACAUGCCAGUGGAAUCAGUCAGUGACUUAACUUUGUACUGACGCUUGAAAGUUUGCGACUCUGCCAGGUGGAGUGAAUAUCAGACAACUUUUAAGAGGUCACUUGCCCGUUUCUGUUGUAGGUUAUUUCAUUAGUAAGAUAUUCUGUUAUAGGGUCUUAUAGACAGUGCGCAGAAAAGAAAUGUCCGUAAAAUGUGAUCGACGAUAUAGAAAAGUUUGCAACUCGGGGCACAGAAAAGUGUCCGUUGUCCACAUUAACGGUGUCCACAAUAAGCGGGGUAUUUUUAGAAAAUAUAAAUUAGCCUUCCGCUGGGACAAAUGAAACUGUCCAUAUAUAUGGGUGUCUGUAGAGCAGAGUACCACUGUAUUUGUUUUUACUUAGUGUAGUCUGUGUUUUAAUUUUCUUUGUAAUUUUUAUUGUUUUUCUUUAGAUUUUACCAGCCUUAAGAUCAUUUUGCAUUUUUGCUGGAAUAGGUAAGUCAGCAUAAGAACAAAGCACAUUUUUUUUUUCAACCGGUUGAAAUUUAGUUGUUGUGUUGAACCUGUUAUUUUUAUAACUUGAGUCGAGGUGACAGUAUUAACUUGUUGCCUAGCAACAUUCAUAACUCGCCCUCCCUUCCACAGGUUAAAUCGUCCCUUCAACAGUUCUUUUUGGAAAGGUGACUUGAGGGUUAAUAAAUCCGACAUAUUGUUGAUUCUAUUUUAGCUAGAUAUUUUUUUUCUUAAUUCAUGUUUAACAGCAUUGUAAUUUUUUAUAUCUUAUUGUAAUUUUAAAAGGAGUAAGAACGCUGUAAAUUGAUUCUGAAAAUUCCUCCGUGCAGAGUCAAUAAAGUCAUUUGUAUUUGUGUAAAUUAUGAUUAUUAUUUUGGCUCUCUCUUUCAGGAAUUUUAGCAGACUUUGCUCUUCAAGCCACACUGUUUACAGCGUUCUUGGCUUUAGAUGCCCGGAGGUACAGUUCUUAACCUUUUCAAUCCUAGACAUGUUAUACAUACACGUGAACAAAAUGUUAUGGUGUCACCAUUCAAAUGAUUUCUUUUUUUUAUCAUUAUUAUUUUGGCGGAGGGCUUAGGAUAAAUUUCACAAAAAGAAAUUAGAUCUUUUAAGUUAGCGGGGGGGGGAGGGGGGGUGUAGGGUAAAUCUCAAUUUUGUUUGUUUGUUUGUGUGUUUGUUUGUUUUGUUUUGUUUUGUUAAGUUUUUUUUGCGCACAGGGUUCGGGCGGAUCGUGAAAAAAGUAAUGAAAUUUAAGACUUUCAUUUUCUAAGCUUGGGAGGUUAUGGAAUAUAAUUGUGCGUCACGAAAAGUCAUGGAAAAUCAUAGUUGUAUUUGGUUGGAACUGCAGAUGACAACGAAAGGAUAAAGCUUACAAAAUAAAGACUAGCUUUUUAACAGUCCGGACUGAGUUUCCAGUUGUGUCUGUUUAACUGCGUGAAGUCAGGAAAAAAAAGGAUAGGUUUGAACUUUUUCAAAGUGACAGCCAAACUUAAAGUCGUGGAAAAUUGGAAAACGUCAUGGAAAAAGUUGUGGAAAAACAUGGAAGUAGUGAAGAGACUUUUAAAAUAGAGCACGAACGUUGUUUUUGUAGCUGGAACUAAGAGGCUUAAUUUUUCAAGGAGUCAAGAAAAUACGGUAUCUCAUAAAAACUUUCCCUGAGAAAACAGUCGACAUUUCAUGACCAGCGCGGUUUUCCUGCGAAAUGACGUCUGAGAAAAGAGCGCGGAAAUUCUAUACUGAUGACGUGUCACUACGUAGACCUAAGUAGUGCUUCCGAUUGGGCCAGCCGCAAGGGUAGUUUGCUUCAACCAAUCAGAAUCACUAUCCUGAUCUGGUUAGUUACACGCCAUGAACAUGAAAUUUCUGUGGGCGUUCCUCAAGUGUCAUUUCGUGGAUAUGUCGGCUGUAUACUCAGGCGAGUAAAAAUUGAUAAUUAAUUGAUUAUCUGUAGGCAGGGAAAGAAACGGGAUGGCUGCUGCUGCUGUAUCAGACUGAGAGAUGAUUACACCGAAUCAGAGUGUGGUAAGAGGGAUCUUCUACAGGAGAUAAUGGACAAGUAUUUUGGACGAGUCUUGCUGUCUCUUCCAGGAAAGGUAAAUGCUUUCGUUUGAUCCAAUUUAAAGGAGUUAACAACUAAUGGCGCCUUCAGUGCUAGUGGUUCGCUGUUGUUUGCUAUGCGCAUGCCCGUUCGCUACGUCUUUCACAUGACUCGUUGGCGUGUGGAGGUCUCCCUCGUGCAGCUUUUUUUCAUGCCAUGAGGUUUCCUUCAGCUAGCUUUUCUUCCCCCCCUUGCCCCCUACCACCUCCCUGUUGUUCUUCCUUUACAAAUUUACUUUUAAGUGUGACAGGUGCAUCUUUUGUUUUUUGUGCGGGGGCUCAUGGCUGGGUUGCGCUGUUGUGCCAGCCAUGGGGGCGUUAUUUCAAUCCAGGGGCUGGCUGCCAAAGGUGGAAGCCCCUGGAUACUCCAGGCACCCAACCUUCAUCUAGCAAUAUAGGUGUUUAAACUUUAAUAGCGCAAAUGUAAUAAAAUAAAUGAAUUACAGGCUCAACUUUCUCUAAGAUGUCAGUCCGCUAGGAUCUUUUAGUAAAGCUGCAACGAUACAUCAAUUUGUCGGUGAGCCGCGAUAUUUCUUCUAACCAUACGAAUAUCGUUAUUGGAAUAAGGUAUCGCGAUAUUUCGAUAGUUAUUUUUUACAUUACUGAUAUGCUCUAUGGCGACAAAUUUGUAAAAUCACUGUCUUUAUUAUUUCUUCUCAAACUCAUUAAUAAUUCAUUAAGAAAAUACAAAGGAAAUUAAAGUUUAAUGAUUGUUUGGAAAUCAGAUGAAAAACUGCUCAUUUUUGCAUCCUUAAUUUCUCCUUCAAAAACAUUGAGAAGUAGUAUCAAGCAUUCGACACAGUAUUACAUAACCAGAUGAAACACCUCGAAGUUCGUCAAAAUACUCCGCGGCGCGUCGUAUUUUCAAUUCUUUUCUCAGUGUUUCAUCUGGUGAUGAAACCCUGCGUCUCAUGCUUGAUAAAUUACUUACCCAUUCUCUACACGAUAACGACAAUCCUUCGUUUUCAAAAAUCUCCACUCCGCGGACCGUUGUUAAAAACCUGCUUCUCUGGUGUCCGAAAGCGCUUUUUACUUUUGGCCGGAAGGCUAAAACGGAGAAAAAAUCCGGAUACCUGUGGACGUGGCCUUAAUUGCUAAAAAUCCCUCUUUUUUCCUAUCCUUCUGCAGAUUAUAGUGAUGAUCAUUACCGCUGGAUUGUUUGGUUUUAAUUUAUAUGGAACUCUGAUGAUGGAGCAGUUUACUGAUCAAAUUUGGUUUUUGCCGCCUGAUUCGAUGGGUUACAAAUACGAGAUGGCAAACCGUGAGGUAUCUUUAAUGUACCAAUAAUCUAAAACUUUUUACUUUUGUUAUUAAUAGUACACAUUACUGAGAACCUCUGCGCAAAAAAGUUUGAUUUAAACACAAUGUGCUUUUCUUAGAAUAUUUGCUUUUUGGAACGUUUAAAUUUGCUGUCAUUUUGGCACAUUCAAGGUGGUUUAAUAACAUGAGCUCCGGUUGUUCAAAGUUAGAUAACGCGAUUCAAGAAUUCAAAAUUCAAAAGGUUUAAUUCAGAAAAAAUUCCUAUUCUUAGUUUUUAAAAUGCUGAAUUAAGUGUGCAACUGUUGCUAUAGAUAAGUAAUGCUAAAGAGUUAUAUGGUCAUACCAUAAGAUUUCAUUCACAGACCGGAAAAAUAGAGCUCCAAACUUAACAGCGCCAUGCAUGUGCAGAAAGUAGCACUAAAAAAGAGGUUUCAUUUGAAUGGUCACACCAGUUUGACCAUUGAAGUUGUGCGUUGGACUGUGUCGGUGUAGUGCCGAAUUGCACUAUGGGAUUUUUUUUUUUUUGGGGGGGGGGGCGAAUUUUGACCCAGGUUCCUGCUCAUUUUCGUAAUAGCCAAUAUAAGAAGCGAUCUAAAAAAUCCCAUAGUGCAAUUUGAUACAACACAGACUCGAACGUAAGAAUUACCAAAUUGCUUGUCUCCGCAAUGGAAUUGGGAGAUCAUGUUCAAAGUUAUUGAGUAAUAAAUAAUAAUAAAAUGCGUAUUAAAACUAACGAAAUAAUGCCCCGACGUUUCGGCGACCUCACCUCGGAAUGCUGUACAUCAAACCAUUAAGACCGUCUUUGAACGUGAAAAAGGAUUCAAUGCAUGCUAGAGUCUUUGUCUCGCUGAGUUUUAAAUUUGUGCAAAUUUAGAGUACUUAAGCUCCUUUUGAACUCACAUUAAUUUAUUUCCAUUCCUUGAUAAUAGGGAGCUUAAAUAACUACGACGACGACCACAACGACGACUUCAAAAAAACAAUAGGUUUAAUGAUCAAAACAACAGCUUUGCACGUGCAUCCAGGGUCCGAAAUUAACUUUUUAAUACGGGCGCCAACUGGCGAUCAAGUAUAAAUUUUUGGUCGCCAGAGGGCAAAUUGUGGUCGCCAAAAAUUUCCCCUCCCUUUUUUCAAAUAAAAGUCUAAACACGAACAAAAAAUGCAUGAUAUGGACGUUUUUAUGCUCAAAAAUUGCACCACUUUCGCUCCCGAUACCAGAAAGCAACCGUACGUGUACCAGUGAAGUCUUAUUUUUUCCACGAAUUACUUCUUGGAGAUAUAAAGCUAUCUAACCUAGAACAUAGGAACAGAAAGCUGUCUGCCCACGACUGCACUGAUUAUAUCAAAACUCUAUUUUCUUCCGAUAACUACCACGAAACACGAAACAUAAACACAAGUCAAGCCGCCAUGUUGCUCGUACCAGGCCACAACUGUGCCACAUUACUCGUACCAGUUCACAAAGUACAUAACGUAAUUACCGUAUUUCGGCUGAAAACAACAUGGCGGCUUGGAAAUGUUCAACUCGUAUUGAUCGUAGCUGUUGUGAAGGUAUUAUAACCAGAAGAUUCGUUUCACUUUUAAUCAAAAAAUAUCAGCAGGUCAAAAAGGAAGAGACCUGUUGGCAAAUAGCUUCGAGGUUUCAAUUCUUAAUCAGUUUCUCCCAAACUUAAAGUCCACAAUAACAACCAGCUUUACAAGUCGCUAGCUGGCGACCAGCUAUGAAAUUCUGGUCGCCAGGGCUAAAUUUUUAGUCGCAUUGGCGACCAGGAAGGCGCAAUUUCGCAUCGCGAUUUUAGUACAUUUCUUUGAAAUCCACUGCAGGACUACGACGUGAAACCUAGACCUCGUUAAAACCUCAUUACGGAGGACGUGGACACACAACGACAAAUUUUCCUUCCUCUUUUUGAACCUGAAUAAAAUCCUUAAGAAUUCAACUCCAGGAAAAGUCGCCUGCAUAUGACGUAUUGAGCGGGGCCAAAUAGACGCGAUUAAGUUUGAAAGAACGUAAAUUCACUUUUUUACCGGCGUUUUCACUGGCGUCGUCCUUGCUUAAGGUCUCUAAUGGCGUCAUGGGGUCGCCGAAAGGUCGAGACAUUAUUUCCUUAGUUUUUACAGAGAACUGACAUCAUUUACUUGCAGCGCCUUAAAGAUAUUGUGUUGAACUUAUUGUGGUCAAUAAUGUUUUGCAGUUUUUCCCAGUGGAUGGCGCUCAGUCAAGCAUCUACACAGGUAAAAUGAUAGGAAGUAACUUUGCCAAAUGGAUUCUCGAGCCUGUUGAAUAUUAGUCUCCCUCGCAGCCAUUUUUGUCUCGUCACGCAACGCUUGUCCCCAUUUUGUUGAUGUACUUUCAUUAAAUGUACACGUAAAAGUUUCCUUUCUUUCCUGCUAGCAGACGCCCUUGUUCUUUUGCAUUCGAGGAGCUGACGAGAAGGAUUACAAGAAACCGUCACUUUGUUAGUUAGAGAUCUCUGUUUACUCACUUUCGCGCGGUAAGAAGACUGAGCACUAAAAAAUAAAACAGCCAAUCAGACAAAAGUCUCCUUUGUUCAUCACGUGACGGUUUGGUCGCUUGAUAGCCGUGUACAUGCUCAGCACAGUCUGUUUCGACCCAGGUCUCUUUCCUUCCUGCUCAUCACCUUAGCAGCAAGUACUAAAGAAACGAGGCCUCUGUUAGCAGGGAAUUUUCUUUCGUGGGCUGUUUAGCAAAUUUCCCGAUGGCUGAUUCCACAGGAAAUUAAUUAAUUUAUGUUAACACUGACAGUUUCCUUUUAUUGCUUAUUUAGUUUACUUUAUUUACUUUGAAUUUAUUCUCAUACAGCAAAGUUCGAUUAUUAUGCAAACCAAGGCAAACUUCACCAACUUCAUGAUGUUGUUGUCAAUGAUCAGUAUGUGGUCACCACCUCAUUGAAUAGUUGGUACGAGGAGUACAUCAAGUGGGCCAGACGAAACAAACCUGGACAAGAGUUCGACCAGAGCUCAACUCCAUGUUAGUUACUCAAUUUGUCUGUUUUGCGGUGGAUAGCCUGCUAGCAUGGUCUUCAUGUAUGGCGAACGAAGCGAACCCGCGAGAGAACGCGCAAGCGAGCGGCGAAGCCGCGAGUUGCGGAAGAAAGGAGAGCUUGCAAAAAUCUCUUAUAAAUUUUCAUUUCUGCUUCACCCGGGAUUGUGCAUGUGCGUUACUGACAGGACGUGUCUUUUUACGCUCCCAGUAUAAUGUAAUAGACACGUCUCCAUACUACCUGCCUCGAUUAGCUCUACUAUUUUGCAGGUAGUCUGUAUUUGUAAUUUAUUUACUGUGGAUGUAAACAAANAACUCCAUGUUAGUUACUCAAUUUGUCUGUUUUGCGGUGGAUAGCCUGCUAGCAUGGUCUUCAUGUAUGGCGAACGAAGCGAACCCGCGAGAGAACGCGCAAGCGAGCGGCGAAGCCGCGAGUUGCGGAAGAAAGGAGAGCUUGCAAAAAUCUCUUAUAAAUUUUCAUUUCUGCUUCACCCGGGGUUGUGCAUGUGCGUUACUGACAGGACGUGUCUUUUUACGCUCGCAGUAUAAUGUAAUAGACACGUCUCCAUACUACCUGCCUCGAUUAGCUCUACUAUUUUGCAGGUAGUCUGUAUUUGUAAUUUAUUUACUGUGGAUGUAAACAAAUAAAGCUUCUCCUUCUUGACGAAGCAAAAUACCAUUGGCUGAAAAAUUAUGCACCGUCAAAUGAUUUUUAGAAACACGCCCUUCGCAUUCGUGUCUCCUUUCACGUGCUUCUCUCGCGUGACUUCUCACGACUUCCCCAAAUGGAGAGCUUGCUCGCAGGCUAGCGGUGGUACGGCUCAGCGCAAUAUAGAUUAACAGUAAAACGGGAAAGUGCUGUGCAGUAGUUUCAUUUGAAUAAUCUGGCAAUACUAAGAAUUUCAUUUUCAGACUCGAAAACGUUAGAAGAGAAACACCUUAUAUGCCAUUAAAAACAGUACCGAAGAAAAGUACUGCCCAGUAGCUUUCAUUUGAAUGGUUGCACUGAAGGAUUUCAUCCACAGAUUCUGAUAUUAUAACCACCUGAUACAGCAUAAUAAACAGUACCACAGGAAAGUACUGCUCAGUAGCUUUCAUUUGAAUGGUGUCACUGAAGGAUUUCAUCCACAGAUUCAGAUAUUAUAACCACCUGAUACAGCAUAAUAAACAGUACCACAGGAAAGUACUGCUCAGUACCUUUCAUUUGAAUGGUUGCACUGAAGGAUUUCAUCCACAGAUUCAGAUAUUAUAACCACCUUGCACAGCAUAAUAAACAGUACCACAGGAAAGUACUGCUCAGUAGCUUUCAUUUGAAUGGUUGCACUGAAGGAUUUCAUCCACAGAUUCAGAUAUUAUAACCACCUGAUACAGCACAAUAAACACUACCACAGGAAAGGACUGCUCAGUACCUUUCAUUUGAAUAGUCAAACUAAGGAUUUUAUCUAAUAUAGACUCAACAGUUAGUUGGCCAGUUUACAAAUGUCCUUUUGACCAGCAGCUUUCAUUUGAAAGGUUACACGUUAGGAUUUCAUCUACAGACUCUAAAGAUAGAACCACCUUGUACAGCACAAUAAACACUACCACAGGAAAGGACUGCUCAGUAGCUUUCAUUUGAAUAGUCAAACUAAGGAUUUUAUCUAAUAUAGACUCAACAGUUAGUUGGCCAGUUUACAAAUGUCCUUUUGACCAAGUAAUUGAAUAGAACUUAUUUCUAUUUUAGGGAAGAUACGCAACAAGAGUAAAUUCCACGAAUGGCUUUCAGAAUUUGUUAAAGGACCAGGAAUCAGUUACCAAAAAGAUAUUCAGUUCAAAAAUGUCAGCGGACAACAACACCCCGAGAUCAAGGUAACUUUAAAUAUUUUCAAAACAUGAGUAAUAUUUUCCCAGAAUUGCGAAAAUGCACGCAAAUGUCUGUAACUCCCCACUUCAGAAACUUUAAGGAGACUGGGUACAAGCUUUUGGUGCAGUGAUUUCUGGGAUUGUUUGGGUAGACAAGCGUUAGUUAUGAUUGGUCGAUGCGGUAUCCAAGGCAACCAUUAACCAAUAAGUAACGCCUGUCCACCCAAACGAUCCCAGGAAUCAUUGCGCUGAAAGCUUGUACCCAUUCGCCCUUAGCGAGUGGAAUUUCGAUCGCGCAAUUUCCGUAGGAAAGGAAGAAAUUCGCAGUUUUAUCAUACGUCCAGCCUUUUCCUCGCUUUAUCAGAAGGGCCAGGUUUCUAAGCGCAUAACUGUUAAAUGGUGUAUUCUUUACAUAGUAACGUUGCGCAAUUUAUUAACCGGAAGUGGCACGUCACCACCACUCUUGUUCCAUGUAAGGGAAUCCUUGGCUUCAAGAUUCCACGCCGGGGAUUCCGGAUUUCAGUUACUGGAUACCGGAUUCUUGUCAAUGGAACUUGAACUCCGGAUUCCGGAUUUUUAAUCGUUAUCGGGAUUCAAGAUUCCACUUAGCAAAAUUUUUUUUCUCGCAUUUCAGAAUCCGGAUCACAAUCAAUGGGACGAAUUGCCACUCACGCAAUGUCCUUUAUCGCCACUGAUUUUUCCUUUUUCUUUCAACAGGCAAGUCGCUUCAAUUUUAGACACAUAGAUAUGGACUCUACACAAACAGAGGCAAAAGCUAUGGACGAUUUGCGUGAGAAGAUGGAAAAGGUGUUUGCUGAUGACUUGGCUUUUCCAUAUUCACGGUUCUAUCUGGGAUGGGAAACAAAUAAGGUAUUUAUAAAAGUAAUAAGAACGAAUGGUUGCUUAAUGCGACCAAGUUUCGGGCUUGUUAUCGAAGGUCAAAACGCUCUUGCCCUUAUGGUUAACUUUGCGUGAGUAUAACGUGAUAGUAGGUCAAAACGCCCGUGAUCAGAUUACCCAAACUAGUGGCGGAUCCAGGGUAGGGGCCCGGGGGACUCGGCCCCAUUCCCCCCUUAUUUUUAGACCAAACUGAGGAAUGAAGGGCCAAAAACAUUUUUUGGAGACCGGGCCCCCUCCUUAUCUCAGGUUCUGGAUGACCACCCUCAAUUACCUGAAGGUCUGGAUUCGCCACUGCAAACGCGAGUCGGAUUGUGUUCAUUGUAAGUGAGGAUCUUAAUGACCGCUGGCUUCAUGCGGGCUCCUGGUCGCCCGCAAUAAAAUUUUACUGAAUGGUCUUUUGGAUCUUUGUCAAAACAAUGUUUUAAGACGCUACUCUUAAUAUCGUCCCCAUUAACCCCUGCAUGUAGGUAACGGUUUUACAAGUUCAGGUAAAAGUUCGCCUUCGUUCCCAAAGACUUUCCUCGAAGGUGUGGUUUAUCGAAGAAACUGCUUACUUCUUGCAUCUUUGACUGUAAAACAACGUGCGCGAUCAUGAGAAAGGAAGUUAAGACCGUACGGUCACACCAUAGGAUUUGUUUCACAGACUGAAAAGGUAAAUCGUCAUUCUACAGCGUAAUAUACUGUACCACAGGAAAGUACUGCUCAGUAGCUUUCAUUUGAAUGGUCACACUCUUAGAACUCAAAUGUUAUUACCACCUGGUCAGAGUAACACUGAUAUUACGUAAAAGCGCGACAUGAAAGUAAUGCUCCGUCGCGUUUAUUGAAAUGGUUACUACAGAAUUACUGGAACCGGGACGAAACCGCAAAGGUUGAGGCGAAGUAUGUAGUGAAAUUUGUCCUUAUUUCAGGUUAUUUCAGAGGAACUCUUUCGUAACAUGGCCCUCGCUCUGAUGGCUGUAUUCCUAGUCACGCUUGUUGUUCUCGCAAACAUUUGGACGUGCCUCAUGGUCUUUUCUUGUGUAGGCUUUACUCUGGUAAGUUUUUUGACUACAGCUGAUUGCAUGUUUGCAGAUGGCGAAUAACAAAACCACUUUCGAGUUUUGUUGUUUCCCGCCAUUUUUGUAAGAAGGCUUUGAUUGAUGCCAUAUUUAUUGUUGUCUGUUUAGCGUACUAUACUUAGGGACGUAGAUGUUUCUGUUUCUGUUUUCACAGCCAAGUGGCAGUCAUAUUUUCUACUUAUUUAUUUGAAACCCAUUUACCUGAACGGUCAAAAUGACCGGCCAGCUGAAAGUUUGUCCGGACAAAUGGUCAUCUUGGCCGGACAUUGUUCGUUGACCGGCCGAUAUUUUGAGCCUUGUUUACGAAGAAAGAGGUACGCAAGGCGUGAGUGUCUUAUCUACCACGCCUUUCGGUCUCGGGGGAAUAAUAUCCUCCUCUAUCUGUAUAAUUCUUGUCAUCACUCUCGCUCAUUCAAUGUCUGUUAAAAUCGUUUUGAAAGUUUAAAUUUGCUGUCGAUGCACGACCUGUUACGAAAAAAGAAGUACGCAAGGCGUGAAUGUGUUACUUACAUUAAGACUUGUUAUAGGUCAGUAUUACUGGUACAAUGCAGUUCUGGGGCCUGACCAUUGAUACUGUGAACACCAUCAUUCUGGUACUGGCUGUUGGUCUGUCUGUGGAUUAUGCGUCUCAUGUUGCGCACACAUUCAUGAUUAUAUCUGGCACACGAUACGGUAGGUUUUUUGACAGCCUUUCACUGUUACUGCUUCAUAUUAAACCACUCUAUUAUAUCCCAAAUAUGUAAGUAGAGUGAACUUUGACUCAACAUACCGUAAAAUAAAAGUUGAAAAUACCCUAUUAAGGUUUCUUCCACUUAAAUAUUCUGCUACUUGAACAGAGAAUCGCAAAAAUUAGUUCCCACCAGAAAUUUCAGUCAUCUCGAACCGCAUCUUGUUCCCGCAAACCACAAAAAAUCGCCAAUCCGCAAAAUAAACUCCCACAAAAUUUUCAUGCUACACGGUAAUAAUAUGAUCAAGUCAAUAGGCUAUUUUGGGGUUGCCCCUAGCCUCUGUUUCAAAGCGAGGCUAAGUGCAAAGCCAUUGAUUCUCAUGCAAAUGAAACCCUCAAGGUUUUCAACUUGGCCUCGAUUUGAAAGUGAGAGGUUUUGGAACUCGAAAAUGGCCUAUACCAUAUGGCGUCGACGUUAAUGAGAAUCCCCGUUUAAAAUAACUGUGUGAAAGAUGCCCUGUACACCAUCCUCGGAGACCCAGGGGCAGUCAGUCGGGUCCGGAGAAAGGGCGGGACGAAAGUUUUGAAGUACGGGCGAAAGAGCUCCUUCGCCCGUACUUGAAAACUUUCGUUCCGCCUUUUCUCCCGACCCGACUGACUGCCCCUUGGUCUCCGAGGAUGGGUACACAGGUGAAAAAUAUGCUGAAGGGUCCCUUUUUGAUGAGAGACAUUGUUUUUCUUUGUAGAUCGCGCCCGCGCAACCUUGCGCGAUAUUGGACCAGCAGUAUGGAACGGUGGUUUUAGUACAUUUUUAGCCAUUGUGCUACUGGCGUUUUCCAAUUCGUACGUUUUCAAGACUUUCUUUAAGGUAAAUAGAGGUGAUAUGGGCUCUCCUUGCUGGAUAAUUUGGAUGGUGGAUACGGUUUUGCUUUGGCUGUAAGGGGGGUAAGAAAUAUAUGUUUCGCCGGGCUGAAAUAUAUGUUUCGUGAACACAAGACAACGACUUUCUUUUCCUUUUUCUUUUUCCAGAAAGAUUUGCCAACAUUUGACGAAUUGAACGAGUUGAAUAAGCGCGAUAAAGUUUGAGGAAGCGCGAUUUCAUUUUUUAAGUGACGUUUUUGUAGCCGUUGCCGUCGCCGUCGUUGUUAGUCAAGCUCCCUAUUAACCAAGAAAAAAUAAUCUACACGGGCUUUAAUGAGACGUGGAUAUGGUGUUUCUUUUUAAACAGUCGGCCGUACUUUUUAGACCAUGAUCCAUCCUUAAUUGUUCUUUCCUUUUACAGUCUUGUCAGAUUAGUGACAAACCGGGGAGCUGGUGAAAGUUGCCUUAAAUUACCGAUGCCACCUUCCUUUUGCAGGUGUUUUUCUGUGUAGUCUUUUAUGGAAUGUUUCACGGAUUGUGCUACCUUCCCGUGAUCCUCAGCGCGAUUGGGCCUUCACCUUAUGAGUCUGCGAAGGAGCACGAUCACAAAAAUGGCCGUUUGUCCCCAGUCCAUCCGGCUGGUUUGCCGGGAGACAAUGCUAGUUAUGAAUUAGCUGUUGCCAAUGGCAAGAAGCCCGUGAGUAAUGGAACUCAGAAUGGCGGAUAUCCCAUCUCACCUCCGGACUACGAUGGUACGUACUGCAAGUGAAGAUCGCCCUAUCCCCUCCCCUACCCCUUUUAACUGACCCCGAGACUGAACAGAGGAUAGUUAAGGACUGAGAAAAUCCACUUUCGUAAUCUAUAUUAUAUGUUUAGUACAUGUUCCUUUAGGCGGCGUGUUCAUUUACCGUCCUUCGACUUUCUUGCUUUUCCCGAAAAAAAAAAAACGCCUUCUCGCAGGUUAGAUUUGUUUUUUAUCUUGGGCCGUAUGACCUCCAACUUCCUCUGAUCGAGCUUUUCUAUUUUCCGCUCUAGUUUCUUUUUUGUCUUUUUGCAGUGGGGAAUUGAUUCCCCCCCCCCCAUCCCCCGCCUGCUUCGCUUCGUAUGGCUUAAGUGACUUUUUUUUCCUUCCCCACCCCCCCCCCUGAAAAUUAUGGUAAAGUCAGGCCUUCCCCGACCACCACCCCUUUUAAGCAACAAAGCUUGAUUAAUAUACAGGGAUGGACAUUAAAUUUGAACUGGAGUGACAUAAAAGUAAAGACAAAGAAUUGACACUGUUGUUUAUGAAUAUAUUCAAUGUUUUCGGACUCAGUACACUGUUUUUUUUCUUUUUUCGACUUGUCACGCGCUUAAAACAUUAUAAUUAUAGAAACUGUCUGAAAGGAAACAAAAGUUACUUCGAGUUAGCGGGAGGUUCGAGUUUUAUAGUAAAUGUAUGAUGGAAAUCCAAGGGAAAUUGACUUUCGUUCGAGUUGUCGGGAGUCAACUGUAAGUGUUUAUUGCGAAAGCGUAUGAAUCGCAGACGGAAAACUUGUACGCAACAGAGGCAACACAAGUUUUGUGUUGAAGGGGUGUUCACUGACUCCACCUUAAAAUAUCUGUUUGUUUGACAGGAAUUGAAACCAGAAACUUGCCAACCAGCCCUCGUAGUGUGAGCCCCCAGGUUAAUGAAGGCUUUCGAUCAAGUGUGGGCGCUGACCUAGACAAAGCUUGA